AUGGAGGACGAAAUGUACGGAGUCCCGCCGUCGUCGAUGACGGUGUACUCAGACAGGGCGCCGUUGACACCGGACAACCUAAUAUUCCCGGUUGAGUACCACAGCUUCCUGAUGUCCACCGGCGCUCGGAUUCCUAUGUUCGGAUCCGACGAGCUUCUCUCGGCUGCAGCCUCCGGCGUAACGGCCAUCACAGAAGCGGAACCCUCUUCCAACAUCGUCGUCCCCGAAAUCCUUCAGCGUCACCACUCCCACGACGCGGCUUCUUCCUCUCACAUGAAGGCCAAAAUCGCUUCUCACCCUUACUACCCUCGCCUCCUCCAAGCCUACAUCGAUUGCCAGAAGGUGGGAGCGCCUCCAGAGAUAGCAAGUUUGUUAGAGGAGAUACAGCGAGAAAACGACCUUUGCAAGGGGGACGUGAAUUCCACGUGCAUAGGAGCCGAUCCCGAGCUCGACGAGUUCAUGGAAACAUACUGUGACAUGCUGGUGAAGUAUAAGUGCGAUCUGACUCGGCCUUUCGAGGAAGCGAGCAGCUUCCUCAACAAGAUCGAAACGCAGCUCAGCAAUCUCUGCUGCACAGGUGCUUCCGCUCCAGCAUCACUUUCCGAUGAUGAUGGGGGUGCAUCAUCGGAGGAAUAUUUAAGUGGUGGUGGUGGAGAUGCUGAUAUUCAAGAUGGGCAAUCACAAUCACAAUCACGGGUUGAAGAUCGUGAUCUUAAGGAUAAGCUGUUACGCAAGUUUGGUAGUCACAUUAGUUCUUUGAAAUUUGAGUUCUCAAAGAAGAAAAAAAGGGGCAAGCUACCCAAAGACGCUAGGCAAACUCUCCUUCAGUGGUGGAACAUACACUACAAAUGGCCCUAUCCAACGGAAGCUGAUAAGGUUGCACUGGCGAAGUCGACAGGGCUAGAUCAGAAGCAAAUUAACAAUUGGUUUAUUAAUCAAAGAAAGCGUCAUUGGAAACCCUCGGAGAACAUGCAGUUUAAUUUCUAUGAUGAUUCCUCUAAAAGUUUUAUGACAAAAAAAAAAUAA